CCCACACAUAAAUACCUCCUCCGCCUCCGCCUCCUCCCUCGACGGCCGCCACCCCGCUUAGGUUUAGGUCUUCUCCGCCUCCGGUUUCUCCCUCCGCCGUCGAAAUGGUCGCCUACAGGUUCCAUCAGUACCAGGUGGUGGGUCGCGCGCUCCCGACCCCCGGCGAUGAGCACCCCAAGAUCUACCGCAUGAAGCUCUGGGCCACCAACGAGGUCCGCGCCAAGUCCAAGUUCUGGUACUUCCUGAGGAAGCUGAAGAAGGUGAAGAAGAGCAAUGGACAGAUGCUCGCCAUCAACGAGAUCUUUGAGCGUAACCCUACAACGAUCAAGAACUACGGCAUCUGGCUGCGUUACCAGAGCAGAACAGGUUACCACAACAUGUACAAGGAAUACCGUGACACUACUCUGAAUGGUGCUGUGGAGCAGAUGUACACCGAGAUGGCCUCUCGUCACCGUGUGAGGUUCCCCUGCAUUCAGAUCAUCAAGACCGCAACAGUUCACUUCAAGCUCUGCAAGAGGGACAACACUAAGCAGUUCCACAACUCGAAUAUCAAGUUCCCGCUCGUGUACCGCAAGGUCAGGCCGCCCACCAGGAAGCUGAAGACCACCUUCAAGGCAUCUAGGCCGAACUUGUUCAUGUGAUCUACCAGUGUGUACCCAUGUUCUGCAAUUUAGCCCAAGAAUCAAAAGAUUUUGUCUGUGGAAGUUUUGGUGCCCUGCUGGUUAGGCAUUUCCAGUUUCAUAUCCAAAUGAUGCUUAGGCAUUUCCAGUUACCCUUCCAAAUGAUGCUUUGCAAACCCUUGAAUUUCCUCGUAUUAGUAAUCAGCAGACUUCUUGUUACUUCAACCUGGCUCACUUGGAAGUGUUGAUCCCUGAUGUGCUAUUAUUUAUCUCUGUAAUUUGUGAUGGCACUGUCUUUCUGGUCUGGUCGAACGAUUACAUAUUUUACUUCCUGUUCCUGGGUGUUAA